AUGUGUAUAAAUAAUAGUAUUUUGGUUUGCGAACCAAAAUGCAAUUUAACCAAGAGGCAAAGAAAUUUAUGUAACGAAGAAUUGGAUAUAAAUAGAAGUAUUGUAUUAUGUGCAUUAGCUGCAUCUAAAUCGAGCUUUAAAACACCCAUUAAAUGCUUGGAAGGACUUGGAAUUUGCGGCAUUAAUGCUAUACUAUGGAAAAAGGAAUUUAACGAUGAUAUUGAUAUUACAGUAAAUGGUGACCACGAGGAAGAUACAAAAAUUAUUUCAAAAAAUCUCAAGUCUAAUAAUGUGACUGGAACUUAUUUAAACGAGGAUCCAUGUAUUCUUUUAAGAAAAGAAGUGUAUGAUUUUAUAUAUCUCAAUUGCAACACGAAAGCAUCAUAUUAUUUUGAUUCGAUUUUUUCUAAAAUAAAAGAGGAUUGUAUUUUAAUUAUAACAACAUCUGAAGAUCCAGCACUAUAUUGGCAAAUGCCUGAAGUUGCUUUAAAGAGCUACAAUGGUGUAAUUUCGAAAACAUCAUAUCAUCGUGAGGUAGCCAUCAGACUUGUUUUGGCUGAAAUGGCUAGAACUUGUGCUAAAUAUAACAAAGGCUUAAAAGUUUUAUGCAGUUUAGCUUAUAAGCCGCAACAAUCUUUUACUAUAAUAGUAAAAACUUGUAAAGGAUCGGAAAAUUCUCAAAAUGCAUUGGAAAAUAUAAAAUUAUUGGCUCAUUGCAUUAAAUGUGAAAGUCAUAAAUUUAUACAAAAUUCAAAUUUUUUGGAUAAACAAAAUGUGACUUUUGGAUGUGAUUGCUCUGAAAAAGAUGAAGGAAAAGUCAUAACUGGUAUUGGUCCACUCUGGUGUGGUGAAAUUUUUGAUGCUAAUUUUGUGGAGUUGAUGCUUCAAAAAAGCGAUGAAUUAAGUUGCGAUUUGAAAGUAAUCAGCCUGUUAAAAUUGAUUGCAGAUGAAGCAAGGUGUUAUGAAAGAGCAAAAUCAAAGCCUUCCGAAGCCAAAAAGCCUAAAUUAUCAGAUGAAAUGAGUCAAAAUAUGUCAGAUUCCAAUCCUCCUCAUUUUUAUCUGAAUACUCACAGAUUUAGCCCGAAAGAAUUAAAACUUCAAAAAACCAAAACGAUUGUUAAUAUUCUUGAAAACAGAGGUUUUUAUGCCAGCUUAACACAUUUCGACACUGAGGCAAUUAGAACAAAUGCGACAAAUAACGAAUGCACUAAAAUAUUGAGAGAUAGUAUUCAAAAUAAUUAUCACGAAUGGUCUUGA